UGAUUUCAUUCCCUUUCCUCGUGGGUUGAUCAUUCCAACCGAAUACAAUAUACAAUGGAGUCCGUCCGCAUUUGGAGUUUGGUGGUCCAUGCAUCCGCGAGCAGCUAACCUCGGCUUCCUCGUCAUCUACAAAGUUGUGUGUCUCGACUCUUGAGCUUCCGCUUGAAUCUUGAUCGCACGCCUCAUCGUUGCCCAUCCAUCAUCCCGAUGGAUAUUCAGGAUUGAUCUAUCGCUUCAAGAUCCGAUCUCAUUCCCCACCUGAACAGCUCCCCCUUUUCUCGCUGGAAUCAAGUAGUUUCGGGCCCACCUGCUGUCUUACACAGAUCACUUGGCGAAGUUGGUUUCGAUUCUGACCGAUAAAAAGCUGCCCAAUCCCACGGAACUCUAAGAUCUGUCUAUUCCUCCUCAUUUGCAACACGAGGUCUGCCAACGUUUGCUCCCUAUCCACCACCAUGAACUGUCCCUCCCGCACCGAUGACACACUCGAGCACCCGGGCUGGAAUCAGAACCCCCCUCCUCUCAAUGCGGAUUCGACCACCCGGGAGGAUUUCAACGGCAUGGCCAAUUCCAAGGUUCACAGAGGACACACUUCUGGGACCACGGGAGAAGGGAUAUCGGUAAUAGAGCAUCGAUCGCUCAGUCCGGACAGCGACGAGCCGGGAAUCAAGAAGAGGCCUUCGGGGGAGGCGAUUUCUGUGACCCCCGGGUACUCAGUACCCGGGGGGAACAGUGAAUCGCCUCGCCAUGCCUUCAAGUCAUUAUCCCUCCCUUCUUAUUCUCAUCUAGUUCAGAGUCUCGUGAAGUUUGGUCGUUUUGUGGGCCCGGGCUUCUUAAUUGCGGUUGCCUAUAUUGACCCCGGCAACUAUUCCACCGAUGUUGCAGGUGGCGCGGAAUAUCAAUAUGCCCUCCUCUUCAUAGUGCUGCUUUCUAAUAUCUUUGCUAUCUUUUUGCAGUCACUAUGCAUUAAGCUGGGCACAGUGACCGGUCUAAACUUGGCCGAAAAUUGUAGGGAACAUCUACCAAAAUGGCUGACGAUUAUCCUCUAUAUCUUGGCUGAGGCAGCGAUUGUUGCGACGGAUAUUGCAGAGGUUGUUGGAUCUGCCAUUGCGCUGAACCUUCUCCUACAUAUCCCCCUGGUUGCUGGCUGCGCCAUUACCCUUGCCGAUGUUCUCUUUAUCCUCAUCUUCUACAGACCCAACGGCUCAAUGUGGGGACUACGCUUGUUUGAAGUCUUUGUCAUGGCCCUCGUGCUGGGUGUUGUCAUAUGCUUCUGCAUUCAGCUUUCUCUCAUUAAACACCAGUCCGUUGGAGCAGUUUUCAAGGGUUACCUUCCAUCUUCAGCCAUUGUACAGUCCGAAGGUUUAUAUCAGAGCUGCGGAAUUCUUGGAGCCACCGUCAUGCCUCAUUCAUUGUUUCUUGGGAGUGGGAUUGUCCAGGCUCGCCUGAAAGAAUUUGACGUGACUAAAGGCUAUGUAAACUCCACCGUUUGCAUUGGAAGCACGGGAGAAGAGGUUGAAUAUAGACCAACCCUUGACGCCAUUCGAGGUUGCAUGAAGUACUCCAUUGUUGAGCUUGCACUAUCCCUAUUUACCUUUGCCCUGUUCGUGAAUAGCGCGAUCUUGAUUGUCGCGGGAGCGUCCCUGUACGGCACCUCAUCCGCCGAUAAUGCUGACCUCUUCGGGAUUUACGACCUCCUCUCUAGUUCUAUCGCCCCCGCUGCAGGACUAGUAUUUGCAUUAGCUUUGCUUCUCUCGGGCCUCUCCGCAGGUAUUGUCUGCACCAUGGCCGGUCAGAUGGUGAGCGAGGGCAUGCUGAAUUGGAGCAUUCGGCCUUGGCUCCGCAGACUCCUGACCCGCUCUGUUAGUAUUAUUCCUAGCAUCAUUAUUGCUGCGGCUGUUGGAAGAGAUGGGCUGAACCAGACGCUUAAUGCCAGCCAAGUGGUGCUGAGCGUCAUUCUUCCCUUCGUCAGUGCCCCCCUCGUCUACUUUACUUGCCGCAGCCGAUACAUGACUGUUCCGGUGGAGCGGGUGCCCGAGGGCGAGGGCCAGGAUCACGUAGAGGGCGUGAAGAUGAAGAAUGGUAUUAUUGUUUCCGUGCUUGCUGUUCUGAUCUGGCUAAUUAUUGCGGUCAUGAACAUUGCUUUGCUGGUCCUCGUGGGCCUGGGCAAGGCUUAGCUGAUAGCACCCCGCUACGUAUGUGUUGAUCUGUUUGGCUACCCAUGGCAGAACCAAGAUCCUACCAUACAAGAGAAGGAAGAAUGGAGUAGAAUUUCGUUAGAACAUCUAGAAACCGGAGUUUAGGAAGACUGCAAUGAAAAGCGAAGUAUAAGCAUGAAACGUAAACGGUCAUUAUUAUGCACAUCCCAACUCCAGUGCUUCC